AUGGUCCAACCACAAGAGCCAGAAUUCGAGCAAGCCUACAACGAGCUGUUGUCCACCCUCAAGGACUCCACUCUGUUCCAAAAGCACCCAGAGUACGAGAAGGUGAUCCCCGUCGUCUCGAUCCCCGAGCGUAUUAUCCAAUUCCGUGUUGUCUGGGAGGACGAUGCCGGUGUGUUGCAAGUCAACAGAGGUUACAGAGUCCAAUUCAACUCUGCCCUCGGUCCAUACAAGGGUGGUCUUAGAUUGCACCCAAGUGUCAACCUUUCCAUCCUCAAGUUCUUGGGAUACGAGCAGAUCUUCAAGAACGCCCUCACUGGUUUGUCCAUGGGUGGUGGUAAGGGUGGUUCGGACUUCGACCCUAAGGGCAAGUCCGACAACGAGAUCAGAAGAUUCUGUGUUGCUUUCAUCAGACAGCUUGCUAGACACAUCGGUCAAUUCACCGAUGUUCCAGCCGGAGACAUUGGAACCGGUGGCCGUGAGAUCGGUUACAUGUUCGGUGCCUACAAGCAGACCACCAACCAAUUCGAGGGUGUUCUUACCGGUAAGGGUCUCUCCUGGGGUGGAUCUCUGAUCAGACCUGAGGCCACUGGUUACGGUCUCGUCUACUACGUCGAGAAGAUGAUUGAGAAGGCCACCAACGGCAAGGAGACUUUUGCUGGCAAAAGAGUUGCCAUCUCCGGUUCCGGAAACGUUGCCCAGUUCGCUGCCUUGAAGGUGAUCGAGCUCGGUGGAACCGUUGUCUCCCUCUCUGACUCCAAGGGUGCUAUCAUUGCCCAAUCUGGAAUCACCAAGGCUCAAAUCGAGGCCAUUGGUGAGGCCAAGCCAAAGUUCAAGUCUCUUGAGCAGAUCAUCGGUGAAUACUCCGCCUUCUCCGAGUCCAAGGUCGAGUACAUCGCCGGUGCCAGACCAUGGGUCCACGUUGGCCAGGUCGACGUUGCCCUUCCAUCUGCCACCCAGAACGAGGUCAGUGGUGAAGAGGCCAAGGCCCUUGUCGCUGCCGGAUGUAAGUUCAUCGCUGAAGGUUCCAACAUGGGUUCUACCCAGGAGGCCAUCGAUGUCUUCGAGGCCGAGAGAUUGUCCUCUGCCUCUGCCGGCUCUGCCAUCUGGUACGCCCCAGGUAAGGCUGCCAACUGUGGUGGUGUUGCCGUUUCCGGUCUCGAGAUGGCCCAGAACUCCCAGAGAGUUCAAUGGACCACCGAGGAGGUUGACCUCAAGCUCAAGGACAUCAUGGUCAACUGUUUCGACAACUGUCUGAACACCGCCAUUGCCUACUCUUCCGAGACCAACGCAAAUGCCUUGCCAUCUUUGGUUAAGGGUGCUAACAUUGCCGGUUUCGUUAAGGUUGCCGAUGCCAUGUUUGCCCAGGGUGACGUUUACUAA